AUGCCGCGCGCGGAUGCGCUGGCGCCCGAGGUGGAGGAGACGCGGGCCGAAACGGCGGCGGCGACGGCGCUGGCGCCCGAGGUGGAGGAGACGACGACGCCGGCGAACGUUCGGCGGCGAGAGAGAGAGUGCGGUUCGCCCGCCGUCGAUGGCUACGCGCACGUAAAUUUGACGUGCUUGGCGAUGAGUGCGACGGCGAGAGAAUUCGCUCACGCGUCGGCGAGCGGGCGCGAGAAGUUGCGAGCGCACAUCGAAGAACACGCGUCGUACGACGGCGUGGCGGUUCGUUGGGGAAUCCAUCACACGACGGAAACCGCGGAGGAGUGCGACGUCGGUGAGGGCGGUUGCUUUGAACCAGACGCGCACCAGCACUUCGCGGGCGACUGUUGGCUCAAGUUUAGCGAGACUCCGGAGAACGUCGAGGUGAACCAGCGAGGGGCCAACGACGCACCUGGGUUCGUGAAUAAGGAUGGAAAGACGUUCGCCGAGCGACACGCGAACGCGCCGAAAUUAGUCCAUUGGUCGAGCGGCGUGCUGCUUCCGGAAUCGAUGACAGCUUCGAGCACGCUCGGGCCGCGCGCAACGUGGUAG